CGCCGAUUGAAAUUAUAUUUGUCUGCGCUCCAAAACUUUCACAAGAAGCUAAGAGGAAUCCCACAACAAUGGCUCCGAGAAAGAAACCUACACGUCGCUCUUCAAUCUUCAUCGUAGGGAAGGAGGGACAUGCUGUUGAUGUUAAUCAUCAUGAGUGCGUUGGAAAAGGUGUUGGAGAAAAGUGUCGCUCUCAAGGGGAGUACUCGUUUGUGCUCGUUAAUCCAAAUGAUUUUGAUAGUUAUAGUAAAUCUUAUCUUCAGGACGUAUUGCAACUAUACAAAAGGGAAUUACCCACAAUGGCCUAUGCUGCAAAUACUGGAAAACAAUCAACUUUUAUGGAAAAAUGUUUAUCUAAUGGGAAAUAUUGUACAUUGCUCUUGGAAUCCAAAUCUGAGGUUGAUUCAGGAUUGGUCAUCGCUGCAAUUACCUACCAAAUAGUCCCUGCCGACACACAAUAUGCUGAGAUUCCUCUUGCUGCUGUCAGUUUAGCUUACCAACACAAGGUCUCUCUCAUUGCCUCUACCCCCUCUCCCACGGGAGGAAGGGUCGGGUGCUCUGUUUGCCUCUUUCAGGGUUUUGGCCACAUUCUAUACAUGGAACUUAGAAAAAGACUUCAAAGUGUUGGCAUCCGUACAAUAUUCUGUUGGGGAGACAAGGAAUCUGAAGGGUUUUGGUCCAAACAGGGCUUUUUGUCCAUAGCAGAAGUGGACACAAAGGGUAAAGUUCGUAGAAUACCUGUUAGAGCUGACAUUCGUAGAGCGUUAUGCUUUCCUGGUGGUUCUACUCUCAUGAUUUCACACAUUCAGGGAAUUUCAAUGUGUUCGGCUGACUUGCCAAAGUUACGUUCUCUACUAAAGCCUGAAGCCCCUUAUGCUGCAAGAAUCAGUGUUGCCAGUCAAGGUUGCAACGUUUCAAAUGCAACUGAUCAGCAUACCAUUCAAAUUUUGAAUUUUCAACCCGAUGAGUUUGUAACUUUAGUGCCCCUUGGAGAAGAAAAUGAAAUUCAGGAUCCUCAGAACCAGGAUGCAGUGCAUGACAGCAAUGGUCCAGUUUCUUUUGCAGAAAUAGAGAACAACACGACAGCUAGUAUUGCAGAAUUAUCCAAUACUAUUGGUAAUUUGGAUGAGACACAUUGUUCUUGCUCUAAACAGAGCGCAAAGAGAGUUUGGGAAGCAUCACUUUCUUCGCUGAAGUCAAAGAAAGUAAAAGGAGUUAAUCUGGACCAUUUCCAUUCAGACUCUAACAAAAAUCUUGUUCCUAAAAGUAAUGGAUACAAUGCCUGCUCUCAAGCAUGCUCUUUAGCUAAUUCAAAGCAUGAGAUUUUAUCAAGUAUUUAUCCUAAAAAACCAACCAAUAAGUAUACACAAAAUUUCUGUCAAGAAUUUGGAAGUGUAAAUGUGGCAUCAGAGGAUCUCAAUUGUGAAGAGAACACAUUAGGAAAAUCAUUUAAAAUUAUGCUGAUGAAUAUUGCGGACGAAGCUAAGAAAACUCAGCUCAUGAAGGUGAUUGAGGAGCUUGGUGGUUCUCUCACUGCUGAUGGGAGUACAAGCACUCAUGUCAUUACAGGAAAAGUGCGGAAAACUCUAAAUUUUUGCACUGCUCUCUGUUCAGGAGCUUGGAUUGUCUCCUCCAGUUGGUUAAAGGAAAGCUACCGGGAAGGCAGAUUUGUUGACGAGUUGCCUUGCAUACUAAAUGAUGAUGACUACACAUCGAAGUAUCGAGCCAGCCUAAAAACAACAGUUCUGAGAGCAAAAGCACGUCCUGGAGCUUUAUUCGAAGGGUAUGAUGUUUGCAUAUCAGCUCACGCCCAACCACCACCUAAAACUCUAUCCCUUAUAGUCAAGUCAGCCGGUGGACAUGUGAUUCACAAGCUAGAUAAAGUAAACAACGUAUCAAAAACGAUCUUUGUGGCGUGCGAGGAAGAUGUGGAGGAAGCCUUGGUGGCUGUAGAAAAAGGGAUAUGGACUUUCAACAUUGAAUGGCUAAUGACAUGUAUAAUGAGACAAGAAGUAGACCUGGAGGCCCCUCAAUUUGCUGAGUCCCUAUAAGAAACAAGGUCAGCCUAACUUUCAGUUUUGAACAAGCAGCACCCUGCCAUCUCCUCCUUGUAAAUCCACUCUUUCCUCAGCUCACUCUAAUUUCGUACAUAAACAAAUUCUGAUUGCUCCAUCUUUAUAUCAUCACUACAUAAAAGACCGUAAGUUUAUUCAUGGAGAAUGUUGGAUGUAAGUAUGCUUUAGGAAUAGUCCUUCAUUUAGUAACUUUGGCAAUUGUAAAAAUGAGGUAAUGAAAUUCUAUCAAGUUGAAUGUUCUUGUUUAUGUUAGAUGAGUCUGAUUCUUGGA